GUGAUGUAGUGUUUGAUAAAGCAAGCACCUGGUCUUAAACAGAAAAAUCUGGGCAACAUAUUCAUACAGAUUUCGAAAAUGGAGAAGAUUUAACUAUGCAGAACUCAAAAGAUCUUGAAGUUUCAAGACAGACAGUUGAAGAAAGUCUACCUACAAUAGCAGAACUGAGUACUAGAGGAAAUCUGCCAACAACACCAGAACUGGAAUUUGGAACUAGUUCUAGACCUCAACGCAAAAAGAGAAGAUCAACAUGGUUGGAGGAUUAUGAGGUAACAAAUUUACCUCAAGAUGAUGUUCCAAUUACUCAUUUUACUCUAUUUGCAUACUGUGAUCCUCUAAUGUAUGAAGAGGCCGUUAAAGAAGAAAAGUGGCAAAAAGCCAUGGCAGAAGAAAUUGGUUUUAUUGAAAAGAACCAAACUUGGGAGUUGACUGAUUUUCCAGAAGAGCACAAGACAAUUGGUAUUAAGUGGAUCUACAAGACAAAGCUCAAAGAAAAUGGGGAGGUUGACAAAUUCAAAGUUCGUUCGGUGGCAAAGGGUUACAAGCAAGAGUUUGGCAUUGAUUAUCAAGAAGUUUUUGCUCAAGUUGCAAGGAUGGACACCAUCAGAUUGGUGAUUGCUUUGGCAACACAAAACUCAUGGCCAAUCUACCAGCUUGAUGUGAAAUCGGCCUUCUUGCAUGGAAAUUUACAAGAACAGGUAUUUAUUGAUCAACCUCCUAAUUAUGUGAAAUCUGGUUUUGAACAUAAAGUUUACAGAUUGAAGAAAGCAUUAUAUGGACUAAAACAAGCACCUAGAGCUUGGUAUAGUCAAAUUGAUGCUCAUUUUUUGAAGGAAGGUUUUCAAAAAUGCCCUUAUAAGCAUACACUUUACAUCAAAUUUGGAGAUGGAGGUAAAUUGAUUAUAGUAUGCUUAUAUGUUGAUGAUUUAAUUUAUACUAAAAAUGAUCUUGGUAUGUUGGAAAAGUUUAAGUAGUCCAUGAAGCUUGAAUUUGAUAUGACAGAUCAAGGUUUGUUACAUUAUUUUCUUAGUUUGGAAGUAGUACAGUCAGAUUCUGGAAUUUUUGUUUGUUAGAAAAAAUAUGUGCAAGAAGUUCUGGAUAGAUUUCAAAUGAAGAACUGUAAUUCUG